AUGUCUAAGAAAGUGAAAAGUUAUAUUCGAGAAGAGAUUGGGGGUUCUAAAUUUUUAAUAAUUGUUGAUGAAUAUUUGAGGGAGAAAAUGGUUAUUAUCUCGAGGUUUAUGGAUAAAAAUGGGUGUAUUGAAGAACUAUUUUUUGAGCUUGUGCAUGUUAAAGGCAUUAUGGCUAUCACUCUUAAAUAUGCAAUUUGUGAUGUUCUUUCUCGAUAUGGUCUAAAUGUUUCAUAUAUUUGUGGGAAAUGGUAUGAUGGUGCUAGUAAUAUGAGAGAGGAAUGGAAUGGAUUGGAAGAAUUAUUUAUCAAGGAUUAUCCUUAUGCUUAUUACAUACAUUGUUUUGCACAUAGAUCACAACUUGCUUUGGUUACUGCAUCAAGAAAAGUUUUUCUUGUUCAUGAUUUCUUUUCAAACUUGACUCUUAUUAUCAAUAUUGUAUGUUCCUCUAGUAAGCGUCGUGUUGAGUUUCAAAAUGUCAUUUUUUAG